UAAAAGUUGAUUUUGAAUUUGAACACUACUUAUUAAAAGUUAUCUAUAGUCAUAGUCUGACCUUGGCCAUUAUCGUCAAGGAUCUACGCUAAGUCAAAAAGGGGGUUAGAUAUUUUGACCUGUGGCCUGUGCCCUGUGGUAUUACUUGAUUAACAAUUGGUGCCCACUUACAACCGGGAAUAAUUAACUAUCACCACUGUUCAAAUAACUUUGUAAAAAUGCCUUUAACGGAGGAAGCUUCAAACAAAAUAUUUGGUGGUAACCAAAAAAUAUUUUCCCAUACUUCCAAAGAGGUUGGAACUAAGAUGAGGUUUGGAGUCUACUUACCCCCUCAGGUGGAAGAAGGCAAAAAACUUCCAGUUAUUUAUUGGCUGUCUGGUCUUACUUGUUCCGAAAACAACUUCAUUGAGAAAGCAGGAGCACAAAGGUAUGCUGCAGAGUAUGGAGUAAUAAUUGUGAAUCCUGACACUUCACCCAGAGGCCUUAACAUUCCUGGUGAUUCUGACAGUUGGGACUUUGGAGUUGCUGCAGGAUUUUAUGUUGAUGCGACUCAAGAACCAUGGAAAACAAACUACAGGAUGUUCAGUUAUGUUACUUCGGAGUUACCAAAGUUAGUGAAUGCAAACUUUCCAGUAGCUGAAGGCCAACAGUCAAUAAUGGGUCACAGUAUGGGAGGUCAUGGAGCUUUAAUAAGUGCUUUAAAGAAUCCUGGAUUGUAUAAAUCUGUAUCAGCAUUUGCUGCUAUUUCUAAUCCAACCAAAUGCCCAUGGGGGGUUAAAGCAUUUUCAGGAUAUCUAGGGCCAGAAGAAAGCUCUUCUUGGACGGACUGGGAUGCUACAGAAUUAGUUAAAAAGUACAAUGGACCUCCACUAGAGUUACUAUUAGAUCAGGGUUUAGAAGACAAUUUCCUUAAAAGUGAACAACUAUUACCAGAAAAUCUAGUCCAAGCAUGUAAAGCUUCUGGAGUACCAGUAAUUUUAAAGAAGAGGGAAGGAUAUAACCACAGUUAUUUUUAUAUAGCAUCAUUUAUUGGGGAACAUAUAAAAUAUCAUGCUGAACAUCUAUUGUCGAAAAAGUUAUAAACUAUCAAUAAUAUUUUUUUGCAAAUUAUAUAUUUAAAAUAAAUAAUUUG